AUGAUCCGGUUCACCGGAUGUACCCCUGUGCCAAUGCAGUUGCUGGAGUCCAAGAGCUAUCACCCUGACCUGGACCAGUUGGCGUCGCAGAUUACUGACAAAACCCGGCUGAUCAUUCUAAACACGCCCGAGAAUCCGUGCGGCUCGGCCCUGUCCGAGGAUGAGUUGCGUACCAUAGCCGAUCUGGUGAUGAAGCAUCCCAACCUGUACGUCAUGGCCGACGAGAUCUACAAGGACAUCCUCUACGACGGCGAACACUUUAGCAUCGCAUCCAUCCCUGGGAUGGAGGAGCGAACGAUAAUCCUCGACGGAUUUUCCAAGAGCUAUGCCAUGACCGGCUGGCGGCUGGGUUACGGCAUCAUGCCCCCCGAGCUGGUGCCCCAUGUGGUUAGGCUGGCAGUCAACAGCGUCUCCUGCGCCGCCACCUUCACCCAGAAAGCCGGUAUCGCUGCACUUGAGGGACCCAAGGACCAAGUGGAGGCAAUGACCGCGGAGUUCGCAACCCGCCGCCGCCUCAUCACCGACGGGUUGCGCGGCAUCCAGGGUAUUCGUUGCCCGGAGCCGGAGGGUGCUUUCUACGUCUUUCCCAGCAUCGAGGAGACCGGGCUCUCCAGCCGGGAGUUCGAGGACCGGGCCAUGCAGGAGGCAGGCGUGGCCUUGUUGUCGGGAUCGGCUUUCGGACAGUACGGUGAUGGCUAUGUGCGCCUGUCAUACGCCAACUCGCAGGAGAACAUCAGCAAGGCCGUCGAGCGCCUCGACACCCUGGUGCGCAGUCUCUAA